AUGGAGGGCAACCUGUCGGCGGGCGGCAGCGCGGCGCCCCUGCCCUGGAGGGCGGGCGACGGCCCCAACGCGUCGCUGGAGCUGGCGUCCCGCCUAGCGCCGGGGCCGGGCGGCGCUAUCAGCCCGUGGGACAUCAUGCUGUGCGUGUCGGGCACCGCCAUCGCGGCCGAGAACGCGCUGGUCGUGGCCAUCCUCGCCUACAGCCCGGCGCUGCGCACCCCCAUGUUCGUGCUGGUGGGCAGCUUGGCCACCGCCGACCUGCUGGCGGGCUGUGGCCUCAUUCUGCACUUCGUCUUCCGCUACGCCGUGCGCUCCGACACCGGCAGCCUGCUCACCGUGGGCUUCCUGGUGGCUGCCUUCGCUGCCUCGGUCAGCAGCCUGCUGGCCAUCACAGUGGACCGGUACCUGUCACUGCACCGCGCGCUCACCUAUGGCUCGGAGCGUACAGCGCUUCGCCUGCACGCCCUGCUGGGCGCCACCUGGGGUGCGUCUGCCUGCCUGGGGCUGCUGCCAGUGCUGGGCUGGAACUGCCUGGGCGAGCGUGCAGCAGCCUGCAGCGUGGUGCACCCACUGACCCGCAGCCAUGUGCGCCUGUUGGCCACCGCCUUCUUCGCUGUCUUCGCACUCAUGCUGCACCUCUACGUGCGGAUCUGCAAGGUGGUGUGCCACCACGCACACCAGAUCGCCCUGCAGCAGCACUUCCUGGCCGCCUCGCACCUGGUGGCCACCAAGAAGGGCGUGUCCACACUGGCCAUCAUCCUGGGGACCUUCGGGGCCAGCUGGCUGCCCUUCGCCAUCUACUGCGUGGUUGGCGAGCCAGGCUACCCCUCCAUCUACACCUACGCGACCCUGCUCCCCGCCACCUAUAACUCCAUGAUCAACCCCAUCAUCUACGCUUUCAGGAACCAGGAGAUCCAACGGUCCCUCUGGGUCCUCUUCUGUGGCUGCUUUCACUCCAAAGUGGCCUUCCGCUCCAGGUCCCCCAGUGACGUGUGAGGGGCUCUUCUCUGGCCAGCCCCUUGUGGCCUCUGGGGCCCAAGACUGGACUCGCCCCACAGUGGCAAGGUGCUGGCCACAUGCUCCAACACUGGCACUUUAUACAUAGGGACAGAAAGGAAGCGAGCUUUGUUUGUCAACCAAGGGGCGAUCAGUUUUGUGGGAUGUGUGGGGCCACAUCUGGGAAGCUGCAUCACGUGUGUCAAGCAAAGACAUAAGGAAGUGAACAUGCUGCAUAGGAACUGCCAUUGACUGGGGCAGCCCCUAGGGCCAUGCAGCGCAGCCUCCUGUCACAGUGGCAGAGACCCGAGGCUGACACAGAGGGAACUGGGCCUGACCAGGGUGGGGUUUCCCCACUAUUUCUCAUUUGCAGCCUCCAGCAUUUCAUAUAGUCAUAGAGAAGCAGGGCUGGAAGGGACCAGCCCAAGGCCGGAUCAGCUCUAUCCAAACCAUCUCAUACAAACCAUACUCAAAACUCUACAUUUAAGGUCUACAAAGUUCUCCUUCAGAGGCUGUGCUCCCUAACUCCUGCUUCAUGAUAGCACUUUAUUUCUAGCUGCUGAACUGCCAAAAACAGUGUUGCCCUGUUCCAGGGCAGGGAGAAAAGUGACCAUGUUUUGUUGGUGUGUAUGCACGUGUGUGUGUGUCUGCGUGCGCGCGCGUGUGUUUAAGUAUCUUUUGCUGCACCCCAUUGAUAACUUAUCACAUUUUGUAUGCAAAAAAAUUAAUAAUAAACCUACUGAACAUGUAUUGUUAUUCUGUGUGUUCAAGUGAUUCCAGGGAUAUAAGCCUUGAGAACUGACCAGAUGAAUAAGCACUCCCUGCUUUCCUUUUAAAAACUUGACUCUUUCUUUAUACCCAAAGACACUGUGGUUUGCCUCCACAGAGGAACUCUCUGGUUGUGUUAGUUUUGUUUUGUUCCUUU